AUGAAUACGAUACGGUCAGAAGUAUUCCGAACAAAAUAUUAUUUCUUAUUCAAUGUCGCUUUUAUAUGGUACAUAAUGACAACGAGUGAACAAUUCUCAUCAGAUUUCUUACAUAAUCCAACCGAUUCAGCUGUGUCAUGUUUAUCAUCAAACGUUGGUUCCAUAACAGAUUUUCUUCUCAAUUCAACACAUUCCACCGAAAAUACUAAUGAGCAAAUUUUUGAAAAUAGUAAGCUCGAACGUUUAACGGUCUGUGAAACUGAACCACCGAGUGAAUUGAAUGUAUCAGGUAACAAGGAGAAACUAGGACAUCGUCGUGUUGAUGAAAUAGGCAAUGUCACGUACAAACGUGUUAUGGUCGAUGAUUUGAUGAAAUCCUUGCAGACUGGUUUGAAUUAUGUUCUUGGAAAACAUCAUCAACCUCAACGACAAGUUCUCUUUCAAGAUUUUCAACAGAUCGAAUACCAAGAUUUCCCACCAGAAGGAUCGAAAUCAACACCAAAACAUCCAUAUGCUGAAUUCCGCUUGAAAACUUAUGCUCAAACUGCGUUUCGUUUCUUCCGAGAUGCAUUCGGUGUAGAUUCAUCAUCAUUCAUAUUGUCGCUUUGUGCUAAAGAUUUACGUGAAUUACCAAAUCCAGGUGCAAGUGGUUCGAUAUUUUAUCUCACUGCUGAUGAUAGUUAUAUUAUCAAAACUGUAUCGAAGAAAGAAGCUCGAUUUCUGCUCAGUCUUUUACCUGGUUAUUACAUGAAUUUUACCCAAAAUCCUUUUACGCUUUUACCGAAGUUCUUCGGCUUAUUUUGUUAUCAAAGUGCGAACAAAAAUAUUCGCUUUGUCAUUAUGAAUAAUUUAAUUCCUACGAAUGUUAAAUUACACGAAAAAUAUGAUUUGAAAGGUUCCAUUUAUAAACGUAAAGCAUCCGAAGAGGAACGAAAACGUGACUUACCAACAUUGAAAGAUAAUGAUUUCAAAUGUUUACAUCCACAUGGCAUCAUUUUAGAACCAUUUUUUUACGAUCAACUCAUGCAAACUAUCGAAGAUGACGUUCGAGUACUCAGUAGUUUCGGUAUCAUGGAUUAUUCAUUUUUACUUGCUGUUCACAAUAUAACUGAAGAAAUGAAAUCAACGUAUCAAUUAACAUUUGAUUCCACUAGAGCAGUCACAUCGUUGAGUGAACCGAGUGCAUCUGAUUUUCAUGUGAAUGGUUCGUUGAGUAUUCACGAGGAAGUGACAACGACAUCGACCGAUUCUGGUAUUGCUAUGACGACAAUAUCCAAGCUUCCAACGUAUAUACAAUACCUACGGGUGAUUGAAUUCAUUCGUGCACAGCAAGAAACGUCGAAAUGUCAUAUCGAACGUUCUUUAUCAGCGAAUCAUAUCGAAACAGCGAGCACCAAAACCAUGAAACCAGAUGCGUCGCCGAAACUUCAGAAGACAUUGACAGAUAUUCCUCAAUCGAAUGAACAACGAUUAAGUUUAACAAAUGUUACGUUUCGCAUCAACAAUCGAAGUCCAAUUCACUAUAACCAUAGUACUAGAUCAUCGUUCCAUACGGCAACUGGUUUAAUUGGAGGAGAUGUUUGGUACAAUCGACAAAAUCUUUCUCGAUUAGCAAUGGCUGGCGUACCAGCAGUGAAUAAAAACGGUGAUUUAUUGUUAUUAUACGUUGGUAUCAUUGAUAUCCUACAAAACUAUCGUUUACGUAAAAAACUUGAACAUGCUUUCAAAUCAACGCUAGUAACACGGGAAGAAGUAUCCGUUUGUAAUCCAAGUCAUUAUAGUGAUCGCUUUGUCAGAUUUAUUUCACGUCGAGUAUUCCGGAAGGGAGGUCCUCAUGGAAACACGCUACUAUCUGAUAGUCAGUCAAAUACAGAUCGACUAACUGUGCACAGUAGUCGAUUACUGGAUCCAUCUUCAUUGUAUCAUUCGCCAAUGAGUGAUGAUGACAAGUCAUCAACAAGCAAUCAGAACAAUGAAAUGCAGAGUGCCAGAUCUUGA